AUGUUUGAAUUAUUGAAGGAAGCAGAACCAAACUUGAAACCCACCUCAAUACUGUGCGACUAUGAAAAAGCCUUUCAUACAGCUGCGAAGGACGUCUUUCCAAAUGUUGAUUUGCAAGGGUGUUUUUUUCAUCUGUCUCAAAACAUGCGUAAGCAUUUGCGAGAAUUAGGUUUGAUUAACGAAUACAACACAAAUGCAGAUUUUGCGUUGAAAGCCGAAAUGGUAAUCGCACUUGCCUUCGUUCGUAUAGAUAAAAUUGAUGAAUAUACUGACGCUCUAGGAUUGGAACUGCCGAAUGAACUUCAAGGGCUCCUAAACUGGUUCGAAGAUACCUACGUUGGACGAGCAAACAGAAGCGGAAAUGGAAGACGCAAUCCUCUGUUUGUGCCUGAAAUAUGGAACCUUUAUAACCGAACAUUAAAUGGAGAAGAUCGAACUAACAACCAUGCGGAGGCAGCUCAUCGUCGACUGCAGUACGAAUUGGGAAUGCAGCACCCUACUAUCUGGAAACUGAUCGACGGACUACGAAAAGUUCAAAAGGGAAGGGAUGCUCAUUUUGAGCAAUUGUUAGCUGGCCAUGAACCACAAAUGAAACUUAAAAAAUACAGAGAUGCCAGAUGCAGACAAAAGGAUUAG